AUGUUAGGACAACCAACUUCUGGUGCUGCGAGUCUAUUAGGAAAUUUGCUAUUUUUUCGAAAGCCCAUAGACUUAUAAUAGGCUUUGGAUGGAGAUGUUGCAAUACGAAAGGCAGUAAAUGUUUGCUGGUAGGCUAGGGCUUCCGGAGACUCCUCUAAAUGUUUACUGAACUUUUCCCGAUAUCUGUAUAAGUAAUCUCUUAGAGAAAACUCUCUAGAUAAAACACCGUUACAUAGUCCUCCCCUCACCACAAGCGUGACCCC